CCUCUCUCUGUCUAUCUGGCACUGUGGAGAGGUAAACAGGGGAGGAGAUCUCAUUUGGUCCCUGAACUGUUGCAGCGCUAAGUGCAGCCACACACACUCUCUCUCAUUCAAUUUCUCACACACACACACACACACACACACACACACACACGCACACACACACUCACACAGCACAUAGGGGUCUUGGCAGCAGGAGAUCCUAACAGUCCUGGACCGGUCUGGACUCACACCUGCCAGCACAGACUGAGCAGCGCUUAAAGAAGAAGAGAAGAAGAAGAAGAGGUGACACGGGAGGAGAAAAGACGGCGAAGAGAAUAAGAGGAGCAUGUCGUUUUGUGUUUGUUGAAUCCCCCAGAUCGAGCCCCCCAGCUGACGAUGGAGAACACAUGAGGAAGAGAGAGAGGUCUGCGGGGACUCUCUGGGGAAAAAUGCUGCUGAGUAAAGUUUGUGGAUAUUUCUACAGGGAAUUUUUAGCCCCUUGAACUUUGGGGAGGAAUCGCAGAGGAAGGUCGACUGUGUGCAGAUUGCAAAGAGAAAAAGCCUGCAGGUGGGACAUUGGACAGAAGGGCUCUUCCAGCAGCAUGGCGGCCACCAACCCUUCCUCCUGCUACCUUUUCCUCUUCUUCCUCCUCUCCUUCCUUAUAACUCAACCUGCCCUCACCCAAGACCCAUCCGUCACCACGGUGACGGUAACCGAAGGUGACCCGUUCAUCGUCCCCACCACGCUAGCCAACCAGACGACUCCUAGCUAUGUAGAGACCACUCAGAACACUCCUCAAGAGACAGGGCUGUCCACUCCCACCAGUGGCGGAGACGCAGACGACGAGGACGUCCCCCCUAUAGGUGGGACGCGUUGCCAGGGUUACUACGACGUGAUGGGCCAAUGGGACCCUCCAUUCAACUGCAACGCCGGCGUCUUUCUGUACUGCUGCGGGACCUGCUUCUACCGCUUCUGCUGCCAGUUUCGCCAGCAGCGGCUGGACCAGAGGAUCUGCUCCAACUACGACACGCCAAUCUGGGCCAACACCGGCAAGCCUGUGGCCACCAUCACCGAGGGCCAGGAGGACCAAGACCGGGACCGCACACACCUCAUCGUCUACAUCAUCUGCGGCGUGGUGGCUAUCAUGGUGCUGGUGGGCAUCUUCACCAAACUAGGUCUGGAGAAGAGCCGCGGAGGAAGUGGAGAAGGAGGAACGGGGGCGGUGCACACUGACCUUAACUCCAGGACACUGACAGACCUGCUGAAGCAGCAGGGAGGUGAGGUGAGCUCGGUGGAAAACGCAGGGGCCAGUUCGCCCAGCGGAGGGAGAGCCAACGGCAUCUCGGCCAGGAUGCUGCGCAGCAGGAGUGAACAGUACCAUCUGAAUAACUCAGCUUACGGGCCGUUUGGACAAGGGCUUCCAAACCCGCACAGAAACCACAGCACAGUGGGACUCAACAAAUAUACCUCCCUCAAAGCUGUGGCACACAGUGCAUCUAGUAGCUACUACAAGAGCUUCCCACUCAUGGACUUCUCCCAGUACCAGCCUGUGGCACCUCCUGCCUUCCAGCCUGUGCCUGUCCAGCCCAAAGAGAAGUCAUACAUCCACCAGCCUGUGUCAGCGCACCACGACCUCCACGCCCCCCUCUCCAUCUCCAUCCCCUCCAGCCACUUGGAGCACUCGCGCCUCCCCAAAACCACCACGCACCCGCUGCUCUCCAGCUCGGCUUUCAAAGAGUGGGAGCCGACUGGCCGCCAUGUCCACAGGCAAACCUCUGUCCCGGGGCAAUCCUCCUCCAUACACAGCUCCACCCGGAGACAUGGCUACUCAACCCGGAGGCAGCAGAGCAUAGAGAACAUGCCAGAUCUCUUUAGCCAGCCCUAUGGAGGGAUGUAUGGAGGAGCUGGAGGGGGGGCAGGGCAGGGACAGCAUGUACAGGGGCAGCACCCAUCUCAACCCUCCUACUACCACCACACCAGGCAGAAGAGCUACUCUACCCACAGUACGACUGAGGUGACCGUCUGAUCACCAAGGCCUCAGAGAGCGACCUGCUGCAAUGUUAAACAUACUAAGAAAAAGCUUUGGUGUUUGCUAAAUGCCAGAGUUUGGGACAGUUGGCCCAACAGGUGAGGGAUAGUAAACGGGGAGACUCAUUCAGACUUACGAGAUGAAAAGAAAUGUUUUGAUAAGUGGAAACAGUGAGAUUCAGGAGAAAAACAGCGUAGCAGAACCACCAUUCUUACAGACAAUGGACUCAGCUGGUAAAGGUUAUUAUUGGACUCCAGCAAGAGUCUUGUACAUUGAUCAUAUAAAGUAUAUAGACUCUACCUGAAAGGAAAUCUUCCAAGGUUGCUCAAAAUCACUUGCAGGCUCCUAUAGGUCACACAGCCUUCACAGAUUCACAACCACUACAGAUUCGGCGCUACACUGUGGUUUCAUUGUGGUUGUACAGGCCUUAUAGGAAUAGGGAUGAGAGGACAGAACAACAAAAAUCUUACUUGCACCAGCUCUUAGAGCAGGGAGGGUCGUGUCUGGAUGGUAACCCUGGAUUUGCGGAAACUCUCGCGAGAUUUAGGUUUAGGCAAUAAAACUACUUUGUUAGGUUUAGGAAAGCGCACAAUGAAGAAACAACGCGUACAAAUCUCGCAAGAGUUUCGCAAAUCCAGGGUUAUCAUCUAGACACGACCAGCAGGGAGCAAGCUUGAUUUUUUUCUGUGGUAAGGUUUUACACUUUGGUUCCCUCUCAGAUUUGGCAGGAAGGAAAAGUGAUAGCCAAGUAACUCCAGUUAAGUUUAGUUCAUUAGGUCAUGUAUAACAAUAACAAGCUGGCUCACGGUCAGGUUGGGUUGUUAAAAACACUACACAAUGAGCCUGGAGCUGACAAAAACUGCAGCCAGAGCCCACACUUUCUGACAUUGACAAUUCAAGGAGACAUUUGGUCAAAACAUGCAGUUAUUCCCAUUUGCUGCAGUUGAUGUAAAUGUGGGUUAUAACCUUUAAGAUCCAUUUAUGUGGUUCACCUACAGGAGUCAGACCUCAUGAACCAUUCACUUAAAUUUGGAGGUCCACUAAAAAUCUUUUACCUUUAUUGACAACCAGUAGGAACGGCAACACAUCAAUAAAACAUAUGUCCUUCUAAAUGCACAUUACGUUAAAAAAAGGGUAAUAUAUCCCUAUAAUAAAUACUGGAAUAAUUAGCUUUUUAUCAUUUGCUUUUUGGCACAAACAUGUUGGUGGUUGAGAAGUUUGGAAGUCCUUCAUAACUCCAGUCAGUGGUUUGUUUUUGCUCCCAAACAGCAUACAGUCUGAUUUGGAAGCCAAAAACCACAGCACCAGGCCAAAUAUGUUUUUAAAUUUGUUAAAUGACCUUGCUAUGACCAGUUUGUGGUUUGGGGCUGUUAAAAUCCAACAUAUUUUAUGCAUUAAUGGAGCAUAAGGAUUUCAAAUGAUACCCCAGUUGGAGCUAACUACCAGUUGAUUUAACAUUUUGUUACAUUUCAAAACAUGAGUAUAUCUAAAUUCGAGGCAUUAACAUUUUGAUUUGUUUUUGAUAUGCUGGACAUUUCUCAUUGUAAUCUACAUAACAUACCAUUUAGUUACAAUGUAGUCAUAAAUCAUCUCAAGGUAACACAGUUCAGGUCAUUUUCAGGCCCCGUAGAUGCCUUUUUGUGCAGUUCUUUGAUAAGUUCCUGUUCUUCUUGUAAAAACGCCGCUACUAUUUUGCAUCUCUCAGUCUACCUCCAUGCACAGCUGUUUUCUCCUCAUUUCUUUCUCACCCCCUUUUGGCCUCUCCCACCCUCUUUCCACAACGAAGCGCUUUGCAUUCUGUGCCAUCGGGCCAAGCAUACAGGGACAGCAUCCCCGGGGUCACAUUAACUCAACAGUGAGGACAAUGCCACCAUCAUGUCAGCUCCCAUCAACCUCUAUCCCAACCAAAGAGAGGGACAGGAGGAAAGAGAGGGACAGAGUAAGAGCCACAGGCUGGGACUCUUUAGAAAAGAAGAGAAAGGGAGGAGAGAGAAGAGAAAAAUAGAAAAACAAACAUACAUGGCUGUGUGUUUUCCUUCCUCGGGGGAAGGAAAGGGAAGGAGUCACUGUGGAUCUGGGUCUCUCACUACUGAACUGUCUGGGUCAUAACUCAAGAGUGUGGGGAUGUGUGUGGAUGCCUUUGUGUAAUUUCCAACCCCCAGGCGCCAUUGCAGGGGGAAUUCACUAAGGCAUUUUCAGGCCUGGAGUAUUGCAAAUUUCUCAUCUUGUCUCUGAAGCCUGGACAGCAAAGGACAUUGUGCAGAGCUGCUGCUGCAGCUAUGAAGUUAAUGCAACGCAUCCACCGUACUUGUUGGUGAAAGAUUAUGGCUGCAACACCCUCAGGAACUGUACGAUGAAGUGAACUGUUAACGAUGAUUGCACAUGUGUCCAGAAACACUUCUGUAAGGUUCUGUGAUAAUAUCUGUGCCGAAAGAGCAGAGAUGAUUUUAUGAUGCUAAACCUUUUAUUUGGUCAAAGUUUGAAGUCAAGCAAACAUAUAAAAGUUGGUCCAGAAGAGCUGGACUCACCAACAUUUAGUAAACUGUUUUAGCAUCUCUCUCUAACACACACACACACAUACACACAUACAGGUGCUAGCUUAGACUUCACAGUCCUGUACAGUCACAGUUAUGCAGGAAAUAAUGGGUCUGAGAUGUCAAACUAAAUUUCAAAUGUCUGUCUGAGCUGCAGGCUAAACCUUCCUCAAAUCCUUUUAUAUCAUACUGUACAUUAAGGAACUGUAACAUCUGUAAGCAACCAUGAUCCUCAAGGCAACAAAAGAGAACAUGAUUAGGUUAAUAUCUUCCCAGAUGCAGGACGUGUUAUCGAGUAAAUCUGGCAAAAUGAUCUCAACACCUUUUUAAGCCUGCAUUUGUUGAUUUUUUUUUUUUUGGCCACUUGGGGGCAGCAGAAACAGGCUGUGAACAACACUGACAUAUUAUCACCUUUUAAGUUGGCAUGGUGGCAAACAUGAUAGCAAACAGUUUCCUAUUUACACAUCUAGCAGAUACAUAGCAACAUUAUCAUUAAUUUGGAAUAAUGUUUCUGCCCAUGUGGUGCAAAUCCAAUAUUCACUUUCCUUUAGCUCUGGUUUGGUCUCUGCUAACUCCUGAGGGAACUAUCAUGCAGCUCUUUA